CCCUGAGCCGGCGAUCAUAAUUCGUAGAUAAGAAUGGACACUGAGGUAAAUUUAAUUGCUCUAUCGGUCACGUGCGUUCGGAAAUUGUAAUUCGUAUCCGAAAAGCGACUACUGAGUGCACGCCGAGAAUCUACUCGGCCAUAGCGAUAUAAAUUAGCCAAUAACAGAAAAUAAAAAUUUGAUUUAUAAUAUUCCCCAAUUUUGUUCUACGGUUUAUAGUAUUAAGUGAUUUUACUUCAACCCAUUGUCGCAGUCGAAGUACCACGAGUUUGUUCAAAUGUUUUUUGCUUGCUACCGUUGUUAUUCCUACACAAAAUAUGAAAAGGUUGUGUGAACCCAGAUCUAUAUAGAUAAGAAAUAAUGUAUACCCACAAAGUAACCCACAUGAAUGUGAAACAACCAUUUUAUGUUGACCUACCUAGAAUUCUAUAAAAUUCAACAUGUCAAAGGCUCUUGUAAGUUUAGUCACAGGAGCUGCUUCCGGAUUAGGAAAAGCCACUGUUGAACGGCUUGUGAAAGAUGGAUACAAAGUAAUAAUGUGCGACUUACCGUCGUCGGAAGGAAAAAGUAUUGCUGAAACAAUUGGUCCCAACACUAAUUUCGUUCCUACUGAUGUACGAUCUGAAACUGAUGUUCAGAAUGCUAUUGAUACAUGUCAACAACUCCAUGGAAAAUUAAACUUGAUCGUCAAUUGUGCUGGUAUAAGUGUUGCACGCAAAGUAUUUAAUUUCAACAAAAGCAGUGCCCAUAGCUUAGAAGAAUUUACUGAUGUACUUAUGGUAAAUACUGUAGGCAGUUUCAAUGUUAUCCGAUUAGGUGCAGCACUGAUGGGAAAUAACGAAACUGACGAAAAUGGUCAACGAGGAGUUGUAAUCAAUACAUCAGGAUAUUCUGCUUAUGAUGGGCAAACAGGCCAAGUUGCUUUUGCAGCCAGCAAAGGAGCAAUUGCUGCAAUGACAUUACCUCUUGCAAGAGAUAUGGCAUCCCAAGGCAUUAGGCAUUGUUCAAUAGCUCCAGGAUUAUUCGAUACUCCUUUAUUAAGUCAUUUACCAGACAAAGUCAAAAACUAUUUUGCAGAUAUGACACCAUUUCCCAAAAGAUUAGGACAACCAGAAGAGUUUGCAAAUCUUGUUGUAAGCAUUGUCAAUAAUCCAUUUCUAAAUGGAGAAGUUAUUAGAAUAGACGGUGGAAUCAGAUUUAUCUAAAUCAUUUCUAGUACCUAUCGGCUAUCGUAAUGUAUUUUAAGUUUGUGCUUCUCCAUAUUAUAUUAAUGUAUUUAAUGUUUAAUUUUAGUAGUUGUCAAUAAAUAGUAAAAUAAAAUGUAUC